UAUUAGCAUUCACAAAAUGUAAGAAAUAUCUUCAUUAGAAUUCAUUAUAAAAGGACUAUAAGCUAGAAAGACAUUAUUAAAUCUUUAUAAUUAAACCAUGGCAUCUAUCUCACCUCUUUCCUUCAUCUCCAAAGUUUCCCCUUCUUCUCUAUAUCCAUUUUCACAUAAACAACACCAAUCUUCUAAACAUAUAAAACCAAAGCACCAAGUGAUCACAUGCACUGGCAAUAAUAAUUACCAAAACAACCCUCAAGAAGAACAACAAGUACCACACAUUAAUGUAGAACAUAGAAGAAAUGUUCUAAUUGGCCUUGGAGGACUUUGCAGUACUUUCACCACUCUUAACAACAACCCUUUUGCCUUAGCAUCUCCAAUAUCUCCACCAGAUCUUUCCACGUGUGGUCCACCAGAUCUACCCUUAGGUGCAACACCCAACAACAUAAAUUGUUGUCCACCAAAUUCCACAAAUAUUAUAGAUUUCAAAAUUCCUUCAACAAAUCAACCUUUAAGAAUAAGACAAGCAGCACACUUGGUAGACAAUAAAUACUUACGAAAAUAUAAUAAAGCAGUUGAACUCAUGAAAUCCUUACCGUCGGAUGAUCCACGUAGUUUCAUCCAACAAGCAAAUAUUCAUUGUGCUUAUUGUGAUGGUGCAUAUAGUCAAGUUGGUUUUCCUAGUGAUCUUGACCUUCAAGUUCAUAACUCUUGGCUCUUUUUUCCUUUUCAUAGAUGGUACCUUUAUUUCUAUGAGAGAAUCUUAGGUAGUUUAAUCAAUGAUCCUACUUUUGCUUUACCAUUUUGGAACUAUGAUGCUCCUAAUGGCAUGCAAUUUCCAACUAUUUAUACAGAUACAAAAUCAUCUCUUUAUGACAAACUAAGAAACACUGAUCAUCAACCUCCAACACUCAUAAACUUAAACUUUGAUGGCGACGACGACGACGAUGUUAAUGAAAGAGUCUCCACAAAUCUCACUAUAAUGUAUAGACAAGUUGUUUCUAAUGGAAAAACUUCAAAACUUUUCCUUGGAAACUCAUAUCGUGCUGGUGAUGAACCUGAUCCAGGUGCUGGAUCCGUUGAGAAUGUUCCACAUGGUACUGUUCAUGGAUGGAGUGGUGAUAAAACUCAACCUAACCGUGAAGAUAUGGGAGUUUUUUAUUCAGCUGCAAGAGAUCCUAUUUUUUUCUCUCACCAUUCAAACAUUGAUAGAUUAUGGUCUAUAUGGAAAACCUUAGGUGGAAAAAACAGAAAAGAUUUCACUGACUCUGAUUGGUUGGAAUCAGGUUUUCUCUUCUAUGAUGAGAAUAAGAAUCUUGUGAAUGUUAAGGUUAAGGAUUGUCUUGACACAAAGAAUCUAGGUUAUGUUUAUCAAGAUGUUGAUAUUCCAUGGCUAAAGUCUAAGCCAACACCAAGAGGAAAAACACAAAAAAAGGUUGAAGUUGCACAAGGACUACAUUUUGGAAUUGGUGAAGCACAUGCUUUUGAAAGUUCAAGGAAAUAUGUUAAGUUUCCAUUGGUUUUAGAUAACGUUGUGAGUACUAUAGUGAAGAGACCAAAGAAAUCAAGGAGUAAGAAGGAGAAGGAAGAAGAGGAAGAGGUUUUAGUGAUUGAAGGGAUUGAGUUUGAAAGAAACUUAGCUGUUAAGUUUGAUGUGUUUAUUAAUGAUGAAGAUGAUAAAGUGAUUAGGCCGGUUGAUACAGAGUUUGCUGGAAGUUUUGUGAAUGUACCUCAUUUCAAUGAAAAUAAAGGGAAGAAGAAGAUUAUUAGUUGUUUAAGACUUGGAUUAACUGAUUUGUUGGAAGAUUUAGGAGCUGAAGAUGAUGAUAGUGUUGUGGUUACAUUGGUUCCAAGGAAUGGGAAAGGACUUGUCAAAAUUAGAAGUAUUAAGAUAGUGUUUGAAAAUUGAAAAUUGAAAAUUUUAACCACUUUUUAUGCAUGUGUGUGCAUGGUAGAUAUAUAAUGACAUUUUCUUAUUCUUAUCUCUUGUAUGUGGACACAUUAAUUUUGUAAGCUUUAGCACAUCUUGUAUUUAA